AUGCGAGCCGUAAGUCGCUGGAUUGCUACCCCGGCAGCCAAACCUGAGGAGGAGGCUGGAGUCGUCAUGCUAGCACUCCGACAGGCAGUGGGCUGGGAUCCGGAGCAGCUGGCGCUGGUGGCGAUGGGCCGGCUGAGCUAUAGGCAGUGGUGGGGUGCGAGGCUAGCCCUGGCGAGACUUCUUUCAGAGCUGCGCUGCAUUCCUGGGCAAUUUGCAUGUCGUAGUGGUUCCAUCCAGUGCAUCCCUUUGAACUGGCAGUGUGAUGGAUGGCCGACCUGUGAGGAUGAGAGUGACGAAGUUGACUGUCCAAAUUUUACAGGGGACCAGCGAACCUACCAUGGGAAGGAGUUUGUGGAUUCCAGGCACAGUCGUGGGAGGGGAGGAGACACGACCCGUUUUCACACGGUCAAUGUAGCACAGCCUGUUCGGUUUAGCAGUUUCCUAGGGAAAUGCCCGUCAGGAUGGCAUCACUACGAGGGCACGGCCAGUUGCUACAGGGUGUACUUAAGCGGUGAGAAUUACUGGGAUGCUGUGCAGACGUGUCAGAGGGUGAACGGAUCUUUGGCCACCUUCACCACAGACCAGGAGCUCAAGUUCAUCUUGCAGCAGGAGUGGGAUUCGGAGGAGAAGGCUUUUGGGAGGAAGGACCAGCGGAGGUUCUGGGUUGGCUAUCAGUACAUCAUCACCAACCGAAAUAAUUCACUAGAAGGUCACUGGGAGGUUGCUUAUAAAGGUUCCUCAGAGGUGUUUUUGCCUCCUAACCCCACACUUCCGACGUACGUGUCUGAAACUGAUAACAUCCUGUGUGCCCAGUUCCAGUGUUCCCAUUUCCCCACCCUUCGGCACCGUGGUUUUCACAGCUGGUAUGCAGAAAACUGCUAUGAGAAAUCGUCGUUCCUUUGCAAAAGAAGCCAAACCUGCGUGGAUAUCAAGGACAACAUUGUGGACGAAGGCUAUUAUUUCACCCCCAAAGGAGAUGACCCCUGUUUGAGCUGCACUUGUCAUAAUGGAGAGCCAGAGAUGUGUGUGGCAGCUCUGUGUGAGAGACCACAGGGCUGCCAGCAGUAUCGGAAAGAUCCCAAGGAGUGCUGCAAGUUUACAUGUUUAGAUCCCGAUGGCAACAGUUUAUUUGACUCCAUGGCAAGUGGCAUGCGCCUCAUCGUGAGCUGCAUCUCCUCUUUCCUGAUUUUGUCUCUCUUGCUCUUCAUGGUCCACCGGCUGCGGCAGAGGCGCAGGGAGCGCAUUGAAUCCUUGAUUGGCGCAAACUUGCACCACUUUAACUUGGGACGCAGGAUGCCUGGUUUUGAUUAUGGGCCAGAUGGUUUUGGAACUGGACUCACUCCACUGCAUCUUUCGGAUGACGGGGAGGGCGGAGCAUUCCACUUCCACGACCCUCCUCCACCGUACACCGCUUAUAAAUAUCCAGACAUUCAGCAUCCGGAUGACCCACCUCCUCCAUACGAGGCUUCCAUCAAUCCAGAUGGUAUUCUUUGUACUUCACCAGAUGGAAUCCAUUCCCAACCUGGGCAGAACAAUCAGCGGUCGCUAGGAUCAGGCGACGCGUCUCCACCUCUCACAGAAGAGUCUCUUCCUCCUUCAAUUGGCCCUUCUCCAGUUGAGCUGGAGGACUCUGCUGACAGCAGCACCCUUCUCGUACCACCCGACACACCCUUAAGCGAAAGCACACCGGCAGAGACCCUUACAGGCAGCCGCCACAGUCACUGUUCCCUGAAUACCAUUGUGUAAAGGAAAACGAUGAACAGCUUCCCCCUCCCACCUUUACUGCCGGUCAGAAAUAAAUUUGAGCAACUCUUUGCACACCCGAUGUACAGGCGGACACUAAUCAGCAGACUGAACUUCAGAAAUAAGCUCCCUUUUGGUUUUGAACACUACUUUUAUGUUCCACUUUAGAAUUCUGCCUCUUGGGUACUUUUUCAUUCUGCUUAGGUUGCCCUCUUUAAUGAAGAAGAAAGAACAGACUUUGGAAGCUGUACUUAUUCUAACGGUUAUGGAGUAAGAGCAGAGGUUUGUUUUUUUUUAAAUUGCUUUUAAAGAAGAAAGCAUGGGUCGCUUUUCGGUUGUCUGCUCUUUCUCCUUGGAAAUCAUGGAAGGGAAACCCAUUGAAUGAAGAUCUUUUGGCUUUGGGGGCUUGUAUGAUUUGGGAGAAACAAGGGCUGAAAAAAGAAAGGUACGAAUUGAGUGGCUGUCGUGGACUCUUUCCCUCUCCUCUGCCCGGUCACAUUUAUUGCUUGGGGGUGGAAGAUUGGAAUUGGGCUGUGCUUGGUUUCUCUUUGAAGUGAAGAUAUGAGUGACAACGGGGAAAAAAGUUGGGGGCACAGUGGUCAUUGUCUUGAAAGGGGGACUGAGUAAGGGCUAAGGGAUUUGUUGAAGACUUGGCUGUUUCUUAAAACCUCCACACAUGAGGUUCACAGCUAGUAACCCUCUUUGCCUAGCUGCAAAACUUGAAAGAUCCUCACUCCAGUGGCUACAAAUAUACAUGAGAUUUUUAGGUACUAGAGUUUGAGAAGGAGAGGUGUGGGAAUGACUCCCACAUUUGGAAGGGGAACAAGUUGAGUAAUUAGUCCAGUUGGAUCAGGAUGAUCCUUCUUUCCAGUUCUAAUUCUUCUUUUCAGUUCAAACGGCCAGGUUGAUGUUGAAGCCUUGAAAUUACAGAUAUAAAAAUCAAGCGGUGAAAAGAAUUGAUGCUGGUUUAGGGCAAAGCAGUAGUGAAAAUGGGUCUUAAUAAAAUUAGUCACCCCUGUCAUCAUGAGGUCGGAUUUGAAUUGAAGAUGGCUUUCUUUUUCCCUGUCCAUCUUGCUCCUUGACAUUGAUGGGGGUUAUCAACAAUUACCGGUUUGUGGGAGGCGAAAUCAGUGCUCAGUAUAUAGCGAGGUACUUCUUUUGAAAUUUGUCUGGAUUCAUCUCACCUUGCAGGUUGAAAUGGUUAAGGAGAGCCUUCCCCCUCCCCAAGAGCUCCCUGAAAGGGGCUGUAAAUAUUGGAGAGAUUCUGAAUGGACUUGGAAAGAGUUGGCCCAUUAUUGCCCUGUUCCAUAUUUGGAGAAUGAAGCCAAGUAUAAACGGAAGAGGUUUGACUUCCUCCCUUUGUCUGUGUGCUCCUGUUGUCUUAUGAAAGGCAAGUAAGCCUAGAGGGCCGGGAAAGAAACACAGCCUGUGGCAGGUUUUGGAUUGGGUGCUGCUUUGAGUAGUUUUAUAGGCAAGCAAGCUGGUUCUAUCUUGAACAUGGGGCACAUUCCAAUUUCAGCUGAUGCACCCCCACCCCUUUUGUAUUGGGCAUCUUUUCCAUAUACGGUGGUGCCU